ACAGCCCCAUUCCUUUAGAAUCUCCUCCCAUUCAAGGCUCUGACACUUUGGGCUUUGGGUUCUUGUUCUUCCGUAUUCAUGAAGGAACGGACAGUGGGGAAACCGUAUGAACAAUUUCUUCUGGUAGAAAAGUUAAUAGAUGUUGUUCCAGUGAUGGCAACUAAAGUGUAGCUGUUUAUACAAAAGGAAGAACUGUCAGUGCAGAGGAAGCCUCUGCAGUUGGCUGAUAAUGUGAUUGUACAAUAUGUCUCAAACUAGUACAUGCUGGAGAACCACCAUACGCUUUGAUUACUGAAUGUGGGUUGAAGAAAGUUCUAUCAGAACAGAGAAGCUUUGGGGACGUAUUGAAGACAUGCGGCUGUAAGACAGCAUUGUCAAAUUUAAGAAGCUGCUAGCCUGGGGCUAGCACCUCCUGCUACUGCCCAGUGUGAGCCCUCUCCAGCUGCCAACAUGUUGCAGCAGAUCCUAAAGGACAUGUACAUUGACCCUGAUGUACUCGAGGCACUCAAUGAAGAUCAGAAGAAAACUUUGUUCCUUAAAAUGCGUCAGGAGCAGGUGCGCCGAUGGCAAGAGCGAGAGGACAAACUGGAGAGAGACGGAGGAGAUGCCAAACGAACCAAGCCAAAAAAAGGUAACCGUCCCCAGCACACUGCAAAUAGUAACCUCGCAUGUCACAGAAAACAUAUGGCUGUCACAUACAACUUCCAGACUGCUCUUUGUGAGAGGUACUUAACAGACACAAGCACUUUACCCCCUCUGUCGGUGUCAGUGAGGGAGCACUCCUCGCCUCCUGCUGCAGAAAAGUCUGAGGUGAAGCCGGUCGUCAUUGAACCAGAGGAAAAGUCCAUUCCACGCACCUCCAGGCCUUUAGUGAGGUCCAAUGGCGUCAUCGUGAGACCGGCCUCCUCUGCUGUUACACCAAGCUCCCUCUUGAGUCGUUCCAAGCCCCUCUCUCCCACCAGCACCACCACCCCCGAACCAGCAAAAACAUCCAAUUCACCGCUUGCACAAGAAAACCACAAAACUCAGGAGAUUUGCAAAGAUGUGACUCCCUCCCGGGUGACUGUACGGGCUGCGUCAGAGGACCCCCUCUCCUCAGGGACCGGGGCACCACUAUGUGCUGGGCGGGGCAGGGUGGCACAGCUCAUGAAAGCCUUCAGCACAGAGGGCUCAGCGGGACCUCCCCAAGCUCCAGGACAGACCCUCACCAGGGGUACCAAGCCUCCUCUCCCUACCAAGCCCAGCCACCUGCGUGCCACAACCACGCCCUCUGUGAGGUAAUUUGCUCAUGGAGUCACCUGCUGCUGUUACAGCCUCAGAGGAGACAUUGCAAUUGCUCUUAAACAAAAGACAAAUGAUCAAAUGAUGCUUGAAUGUACUUUUUUAUCUGUGGUUUGUAGUACUGCAAAAGUGGAAGAAAAGUCCAAAGUAAAUCAUGUUAUUUUUUUGUAUAACUUUAUAAGUAUUUUAAGGUGGAUUUUUUUCUUUGUUUACUUGUUGACAUUUCCCAAUGUGGAAAACAAUAUUUAAGUCCAUAAAUCUCUGAGUGCUACCACUCCUGUCUAGUUUCUAUCCAGACACGGCCAACUUUUCCUUGUGUCUUGUGGCUGUGAGCAGAUGAAUGCUGGUGGACAGUUGGGCGAGGUGAAAUGAGGUACAGGGGGGCUUCUCGUGCUGCUGUCUCCUCCCUGGAAUAGCGUGGGGUUGUUUAUUUGUCACAAUGCGAUGCGUUCCCGUGCCACCUGGCAGCGGCCUCACUGCGACCUGUUGUGGACCAAUGACAGUGCCAAACGUCUCCUCUGUCACUCCCAGUGGAUCAAAUCCUGGCGAGGUAGACAGUCUCUGCCAAAACCCGGGGAUAAGAUCCCCUCCACUCUUAACCUGUUACAAUUUUGCUGAUGCUGUAGUUGUCUUUUAUAUGUUUUAUAGGGAUACACUUGUUUUGUAAUGGGAUAUUUAACACUACUGCAAUGCCUCAUCAAUGAUGCCUGCCUGGGUUCUGACAAGCUUGUAUGGUGCAAUUAAACAACAAUAAAGUUAUGUAAUGUCAGCACUGCA